AGAGUGAGAGAGAGACAGAGACAGAGAGACUGAGAGCCAGGGAGAUAAAGAUAGAUAGAUAGAGAGGGAGAGAGAGAGAGACAGAGAGAGAGAGAGAAAAGUGGGAGGGCAAGCCGGAGAGGUAGCCCCGAACAGGGAAGUGAGCACUGAGCACUGAGACACAGUCCUGCCAGACACUGCGAGAAAAUGCCCAACUUCACAGGUACCUGGAAAAUGAGGAGCAGUGAGAAUUUUAAUGAGCUCUUGAAAGCCCUCGGUGUGAACGCCAUGCUGAGGAAGGUGGCAGCAGCCGCAGCCUCCAAGCCCCAGGUGGAGAUCCGACAGAGCGGCGAGCAGUUCUACAUCAAAACCUCCACCAGCGUACGCACCACUGAGAUCAACUUUCACAUCGGGCAGGAGUUUAAUGAGGAAACAGUGGAUGGGAGGAAGUGCAAGAGCUUGGCUACCUGGGAGACUGAAAACAAGAUAUACUGCAAGCAAACACUACUGGACGGACAUGGACCCCGGACGUACUGGACAAGGGAACUGAAGGGGGACGAGCUGGUCCUGACAUUUGGAGCAGACGAUGUUGUGUGCACGCGAAUAUAUAUUCGGGAAUGAAGUACCUGCAGUAACACCCGGACAAGAGGACACAAUCAUGACUGGGACCUUCCCUAUGCAUUCGCCGCAAACUUCACACGUGUCCCCACACAUGCAGCAGUCACAUUUAUUGAUGUUGAAUCAUGAUAGCUUAGCGAUUGCUUUUUCUGGCCAUUUGUACAGCUGGAUGUUUUAUCCGAACAUCGGAGGCACCUUGCUGAAAGGGUAUAAGCAACACCCAGACAAAUAAACUGCUACCACCCCCUGC